CUUCAGGUAAAUGCUCAUACUUCAUCAACCUGAUCACAAAGCAACCAUGAAGUCUCUUAUCUUCGUUCUGCUCCUCGGAGCUGUCUUCGCUGAGGAGGACAAGAUCGUCGGAGGGUAUGAGUGUACGAAGCACUCCCAGGCCCACCAGGUGUCCCUGAACUCUGGAUACCACUUCUGUGGAGGCUCCCUGGUCAGCAAGGACUGGGUGGUGUCUGCUGCUCACUGCUACAAGUCCCGUAUUGAGGUGCGUCUGGGCGAGCACCACAUCAGGGUAAACGAGGGAACCGAGCAGUUCAUCUCCUCCUCCAGCGUCAUCCGUCACCCCAACUACAGCUCCUACAACAUCAACAACGACAUCAUGCUGAUCAAGCUGAGCAAGCCCGCCACCCUGAACCAGUAUGUGCAGACUGUGGCCCUUCCCACCGAAUGUGCUGCUGAUGGCACCAUGUGCACAGUGUCUGGCUGGGGAAACACCAUGAGCUCCGUUGAUGACGGGGACAAGCUUCAGUGCCUGAACCUGCCCAUCCUCUCCCACGCCGACUGUGACAACUCCUACCCUGGCAUGAUCACCCAGUCCAUGUUCUGCGCUGGCUACCUGGAGGGAGGCAAGGACUCCUGCCAGGGAGACUCCGGUGGCCCCGUGGUGUGCAACGGUGUGCUGCAGGGUGUUGUGUCCUGGGGAUACGGAUGUGCCGAGAGGGACCACCCCGGUGUUUACGCCAAGGUCUGCGUUCUCUCGGGCUGGGUUCGCGACACCAUGGCAAAUGGUGGAUGGCAGAGGGAUAGAGGAUGUCCCAGGCUGGCAGGAUAUAAAUACAGGCCAUGGAGAGGCCUGGGGACUCCUGACGCUUCACCGUUCCCGAGUGAAACCAUGAUCGGCCUGGCUCUGCUAAUGCUGCUGGGUGCUGCUGCGGCAGUGCCCCGUGAAGACGGGAGGAUCAUCGGCGGACAGGACUGUGAGCCUCGCUCUCGUCCCUUCAUGGCCUCCCUGAACUACGGAUACCACUUCUGUGGCGGCGUGCUCAUCAACGACCAGUGGGUGCUCUCUGUCGCCCACUGCUGGUACAAUCCCUACUACAUGCAGGUGAUGCUUGGAGAGCACGACCUGCGUGUGUUUGAGGGCACUGAGCAGCUCGUGAAGACGGAUACCAUUUUCUGGCAUGAGCAGUAUGACUACCAGACGCUGGACUACGACAUGAUGAUGAUCAAGCUGUACCAUCCCGUGGAGGUGACCCAGUCAGUUGCCCCCAUCUCCCUGCCCACGGGCCCCCCUGACGGGGGCAUGCUCUGCUCCGUGUCUGGCUGGGGCAACAUGGCCAUGGGUGAAGAGGUGAACCUGCCCACCAGGCUGCAGUGUCUGGACGUGCCCAUCGUGGAAACAGUGGACUGCGAAGCAGCCUACCCGGGCAUGAUCAGCACCAGGAUGGUGUGCGCCGGAUACAUGGAUGGGGGCAGGGAUGCAUGCAACGGGGACUCUGGAAGCCCACUGGUGUGUGAGGGAGUGCUCACCGGUCUGGUGUCCUGGGGACAGGGCUGCGCUGAGCCCAACUACCCCGGCGUGUACGUCAAGGUGUACGAGUUCCUCUCCUGGAUCCAAACCACACUGGAUGCCAACCCCUGAACUGGCCAAGCAGAUUGAGUACAACGCUCCCCUCCUCCUUCAUCUUGUCCCUCUUCUCCAAUCUCUUCCUUGCUUCUUUUAUCCCACUUGAAUCCAACUCAUAAACUCCUCAAAAAGUCUCCUGCCAGCUGAGACGCAAGUCCAAGACCGACAGAAAGUGGAAUAGUGAAUAAAAGCAAUGUCUACAUGCCCAUCCCUGUUGUUGCGUCUGCAGUUGAAUGACCUGUUGAAAAUCCUACAAUUCAAACAAUACAAAUUAUCUUUACAAAAAAAAAACAUUAUUUGCAAUAAUGAACACAUUAAUCCAAAGUACAAAUGUGUUAAAUCACAUUUCAUCACAACGGAUAUCAUACAAUGUGAUGAGGUUCCUAGCACAUAUCAGUUUCAUAAACCACAUUAGCCGCACUAAUUACCCCAUUUUGAUCUGCUCACAAAUGUAUUAAAGGCCCACUAUGCAACUUCGGGAAUUUCUUCGCUGUUUUCUUGGUUUUGGCACGCACAUUUCUCUACACAGCGCCCCCUACAGCUUCGUAGUAGAUAUUUUACAACACUGUCGUAACAACUCGUUGACGACCCUUCCCCAUGCACUUCUACGCGAGCCAUGUGCAUUUGUUUUCAAAGAAGCCGGCGAAUGCGUGGAGCCAUGUCCGAAGUAAAUGUUCAUAAAGUGUAGGCAAGGUUAUACAUUUUUAAAAUGGUGUAUUUGUAUUGCAAUAAACAUAAAGCCAUCCUUUUUAUAGUUGACGGGGAGAAUUUAUAUCCUAGAUUAUAAUUGUUUUAUCUUAGGUUGAACAGAACAAUCAGUGUGAGAGUGUUGGCCAACAUAAUAAUCUAAAUAAACAAGAACCUGGAUUCGGGGAUUCAGUCUGUAUCUGGGGGACGAGACAGACGAACAGCAAAACACCAAUGGAAACAAAGGUGUUUAUAUGGCUGCAACCAAGCAAGCUAGAAACAUACAGGGCUCACAACAAAACGGUCGAGAAAACAAUUUUUACAGGGCUCACAACAAAAUGGUUGAGCAAACACAUUUGUACAGAGACUAUCAACAUCAAGAAUACCACGAGGACAAAGUUCACCCAAGGGUACUUUCAAUUUCAAAAGCAACACGGCCAAGUCGGAGUCUGAUUUGAAGUCUUCUUUUUCUUUCAGUUCACGCUAUUCCUGAAAAGCUUGCCCAACGUUUACUCGUGUCUGGCCUCUCUGUCGGUCAGUCUCCCCUUUCUCUUCUUCUGUUCCUCCGACAUUGGGUUUCUCUGUCUCUUUUUAGUCGGCUGAUCUAUGAU